AUGUCAAGCCUCAACAGAAUGCUUCAACAUAAUGCAGAUGCAAGAUUCACUAACAUGUCUGUUGUGAUUCUAACAUGGAUGAUCAGAGAUACGAUGGUGGGUCCUAUUGAUCGGACUCUGCGGGACAGGAUAGACGCUGCAAUUGCUAUGGUGAACGGUACAACACCCAAGUUGUUAUUCUUUCAGCUGCUAACUCGAGGUGGUGAAGAGCAAGAUUCUCGCGUGAUCGAUUCGCGUCUGUCGGACUCUGUCCCCUCACACGACACACCCAUGUCCGCGCCUGCAACACCCACAAAACGCGUCCUUACUGAGGAUGAAUAUAGUGCGGUAAAUGCGCCUCGGACGCCUUCGAAUAGCAUCAUUUCAGAAGACCUCACUGCGCGUCUCCAGAACCUCGGUUCACGCGUCAGAAAAUCCGUAAAUGAGGGGUACGCCACUCAGCGUUCUGGCACCAUACCUUCCUCCGCUCCCACUCCGUAUUCUUCUCCUGUGAAGUGUUCUACCGCAACAACUCUAUCUCAGGCUUCACCUAUUUUCCGCUCGGCAAAUGAUACACUUUACGACGUCUUCUCUUCCCCAACCCACGCCUCAGCCGUGAGUGUAUCUUCUCCAUUAUCCUCGCGGAGAAAGAGAGGACGCGCCGAAGACGACUUUCGGGAAGAGAGUACGGAAUGUUUAUCCGGCGGACUAGGCGUCUUACAAGAUGAGGACUCAACUAUGAUAGAAAUAGAAGAGCCAUUGCAUGAUGAAGAUGUCACAAUUAUCUCAGAUGCUAGCCUGGGACGAAGCCCGAACAGGCCUAUCCGACCGCUCAAGAAGACGGCGCACAUGUACCGAUCUUCUACCCCUCCAUGCCACUUAUCGUCUCGCACAGUACCGCCCCACUCGGACGCGGCCGAGUCUGUACCAUGCACGGACAGGGUUACUUCGGUAUCCGCAGAAUGGCAGAGCCUCUUUAAUCACCCUUUCUAA